AGGAACAUGAUGAAGGAAACAUCAGUAUCAAGGAGGAAGGAGAAGUUGGGAAGGAGACGUGUCUUUCCAUUCCAGGUUCAAAAGGAUUGAGAUAUGAGGGUCAGCUUGUAACUCAUGAUGGCCUGGUCUUCACCAUCAAACAAGAAGUUGACACUGACAUGUUUGAAUCCCUCUCAAGUACAGAAGGACAAGACCCAUCGACUGAACAAGAAAUAGUCUAUGCCAUCAUAAAGCAAGAAGACAAAGAAGAGAUAUUUGAACCUAUUACACCUCACGGUGAAGGAGGAGGAGAAACUGAGCAAUCAAUUCCUGAAGGCCUGGUCUUCACCAUCAAACAAGAAGUUGACACUGACAUGUUUGAAUCCCUCUCAAGUACAGAAGGACAAGACCCAUCGACUGAACAAGAAAUGGUCAAUUCCACCAUAAAGCAAGAAGACAAAGAAGAGAUAUUUGAACCUAUUACAACUCAGGGUGAAGGAGGAGGAGAAACUGAGCAAUCAAUUCCUGAAGAGUUGGACAAUGGACAAGACAAUAAACACCCACAUAUAACAUCAUGCAGUGGAGAGAAGUCCCAUCUGUGUUUACAUUGCAUUGGACAAUGGACAAGACAAUAUACACCCACAUAUAACAGCAUGCAGUGGAGAGGAGACCCAUCUGUGUUUACAUUGCAAGUUGGACAAUGGACAAGACAAUAUACACCCACAUAUAACAGCAUGCAGUGGAGAGGAGACCCAUCUGUGUUUACAUUGCAGUAAGACAUUUACAGAUGAGAACACUCUUAUACUACAU